AUGUUUGACCUGGAGACACAGGGGAAGAGAAGGGGCUGCUGGAUGUUGAUGUACCUGGGGAUGCUGGGUGAAAGGAACGGGAAGAGAAACGUCCACCUGGCCGUGGUCAACCACAGCUCCCUGGUGGACUUCCUCCUUCUGGGCCUCUCUGAACGCCCAGGGCUUGAAAGAAUCCUCUUCGUGGUUGUCUUGAUUUCUUACCUCCUGACUCUAGUGGGCAACACACUGACCACCCUGCUGUCCCUGCUGGCCCCCAGGCUCCACUCCCCAAUGUACUUUUUCCUCUCCAACCUCUCCUUCCUGGACCUCUGCAUCACUAAAAGUUUUGUUCCCCAGAUGCUGGUCAACCUCUGGGGCCCAAAGACCAUCAGCUUCCUUGGCUGCUCUGUCCAACUCUUCAUCUUCCUGUUUCUGGGGACCACUGAGUGUGUCCUCCUGACAGUGGUGGCCUUUGACCGCUACAUGGCUGUCUGCCAGCCCCUCCACUAUACCAACGUCAUCCACCCCCGCCUGGGCCGGCAGCUGGCAGCUGUGGCCUGGGUAAUGGGUCUGGGCCAAUCAGUAGUCCAGACACCACCCACCCUCCACCUGCCCUUCUGCCCCCAUUGGCAAACAGAUGACUUUGUAUGUGAAAUCCCUUCUCUAAUUCAACUCUCUUGUGGAGACACCACCUACGAUGAAAUUCAGUUCGCUGUGUCCAGUGUCAUCUUCCUGGUCAUGCCACUCGCCCUCAUUCUUGUCUCUUAUGGUGCCAUUGCCUGGGCAGUGCUGAGGAUUAACUCCGCCAGAGCAUGGAGAAAGGCUUUGGGCACCUGCUCCCCCCAUCUCACUGUGGUCCCCAUCUUCUACAGUUUAGUCAUUUCCGUUUACCUCCAGCCCCAAAAUCCCUAUGCCCAGAAGAGGGGCAAGUUCUUUGGUCUCUUCUAUUCAGCGGGCACUCCUUCACUUAACCCUCUCAUAUACACCCUGAGGAACAAGAAGGUAAAGAGAGCAGUCAGGAGGCUGCUGGGGAAGGACGAGGACUCCAGGGAGAGCUGA